CGCACGCGUCUUUCAAUGGGAAGGGAUUGCUUGCUGUUCUGCUUCGCUACGCGCAUGAGCACAGUACAUUAGUGUUACUGUGGCGAUAGCUGUUUACCAACUAACUAGUGAAUUGUCGCUAGUGAAGAGAGGAGGAUGGCAAACUACAAGGCUGCUGAUUCCAAAAGGGAACAAUUUAGAAGAUACUUGGAGAAGGCAGGAGUGCUUGAUACACUCACAAAAGUCUUGGUGGCGCUAUAUGAAGAGCCAGAGAAACCGAACAAUGCAUUGGACUUCUUAAAACUGCAUAUGGGAGCUGCUGGCCCAGAAACUCCAGAUGUUGAAGCUCUUCGCUUAGAGUUGGCAGAACUGAAACAGAAAUACGAAGCUGUCUUAGAAGAGAACAAAGAACUGAAAACAAAGCUUGCACAACUUGAACCACCUCCAGAUGAGAAGCGUCCAGAAUAAAAUCUUGUUCAACAUCAAGUGAUAAAUGCACUGAAAAUGCAAAUAUAGCUUCAUUUUGUUAUAUUUUGGGCACAAAAGCGCACUGCACGUGUCAUUUCUAAAUAUAUUUUCUAUGUUCUCACUAUCCUUAAUAAACUGCUUAUUUAA